AUUACCUUGCCUCCUUGUUAUCUAUGAUCAGCUGGGUCUCGCUGACUUGCUUGUUAUUAACUAACUACACACAGAAGAUUCUGCUGCCUAUCUGCAACUGCUGGAGUGCAGGAUCCUUACAUUCACAAUGUUCUUGAGAUAUUGGACAUAAUCGUCGGGUCCCUCACUAUCAGAGGAGGUGACAGGACUGGUGGUUAUAUCAUAGUACAUCAGGGCCUUAUCAAUGCCUUUGGAGACAGACAAUGAUUUUAGACUCCUUCUACAAAGGUUUUACGAGUUGCAAGCUGAGCGUGUGGAUACAUAUCGUCUAUUUGAGGAGGGGCACCAAGCAUAUCUGAAAUCGGGCCCACACUAUGACUUUAUCCAGUACCGUCAGUUGGUUCAUGAGAUCACACAGGCUUUCAAUGGCAUCAGCAAAGAGCUCAUCCAGAUGAAGGAUCGCUUUCGGGAGUUUUAUGAUCGAUCAGAUCUGUCAGAGCACCUAGAAAAUAUCCAGGAGCUGGAGAAAGAGAAGUUAGAAUUGACCGCCAGACUACAAUUGGCCAGACAGAAUGCACAGGACCACCCCAGUCAGGAAUGCUACAAAGAGGAGGUGCAGCUCCUGAAACACAAGAUAAUUAAAACCGUGGAAUCAAUCAGUGAAGUACUGCAGGAUUUCAAGUACGACUGUGAAGAAACACAAUGACGUCUCCCUCUUUGGAAGCCACAGAGGGGAAAGCAAGGCCCAGUCUGACCGCUUAUUUGGAUAUGCGCUGUAGCAGGGCCGGUUCUGUUUCAUCUGCUGCCCUCUUGGGUGAUAUUCUGGCUCUUUAUCCAUAAUUGUUGCUUAACAGACGUGGCAGGAAUGUCUCAUUGCACAACAUCAUCUCUCCUUGUGAAUUUGAGAUGUAAUCUGAAUUUCUUUCCAAUGUUUUUAUUGGAUAUGUGAAAUACGUCUUAUGAUCUUUUUCUAGUCAGACGGUGUUUUGCUUUGUCUAUUGCUUCACAAAAGUUAAGAUUGAUACCACAAAUGUAUGUUGUAUAAAUUAAAUGUUUUCUACUGUC